AUGCCGUUCGUUCCCAUCGCCAGCCGCAAGCCCCACACCUUGCUGCUGGACCAUGAAAAGGCACGCAUGCGUGCAGAAAUGCGCAUCAAGGACCAGGCCGUUGUUGCCGAGCACUUUGGUUUAGCCCCCAGCAAUGGGGGCUAUCGGUUCGGAAACCAUCCCUUGACCAGAGGUCCUGUGAGGGGUCCGGAUGUGCCUUUCAAGGGUGCGACAGCUCCGUGGAGGCCUUCGGACCAGGAACCUCAGGGCCCCAUGGCACAGCUGGAAUCCAAACAGGCAAAAGUCGGCGCCUACUGGGAUGGUGCGCACCAGAAGCUCGCCUCCAUCCGAAAGGUGCACUCGACCCCAGCCCUGAGGCAGUCAGCCGCAGAGGUCAUGCAGGCUUGCCAUCCAUUGACCACAGAGCUCAACCGAUGGAAAAAGCUUGCGGAGGUCACGGAAAAAGGUGAGGUGAACAAGGAGCUCCAAGAGAGCUUGGCACAGACGCGGACGAUGUGUCAAGCUGGCAUCCGGCCUAAACCAGUUUGGCAGGGUGGAUUGGUCAACUUCCCCAAGUACAUGCUCAUCAAUAACUGCCACCUGAAGCAGAUGGACUUGCAGCGCUUUGCAGACAAGCAUGCUGCGGCCGAGGAAAGCGAAGAUCGAUCAAGCAAUGAAGACAUGGACACAAGCCCCUUGGGUGAGGGCAGCGUGAGGUGCCGGGGCUCAAGGGGCCUAGGAGUAGGCUCUGAUUCUGAAAGAAACUCAUUCGCUGCAGAGGUGUGA